AUGGCAUCUGCUCUCACUGUCCUCUUCCUCGGGCGUGAAUACCCCAAACCCACCAUCUGGGUGAGCCCCAGCAGGGUGGUGGCGCUCGGGGGAAGCGUCACUAUCUGCUGUGAGGGUCGGUACCUGGGCAUGGAGUUCGUUCUGCGUAAAGCUGGACACCCGAACCUGCAGGUGCGGAUGGUGCCUGAUGGGCCCGUGGCUGAAUUUCCCAUCCCCAGUGUCAGCCGGGAAGAUGGAGGGAGCUACACCUGCGACUAUCGCUCCAUAAUGGAACCGAGUCGCUGGUCGUAUCCCAGCGACCCCGUCGAGAUCAUUGUAGCUGAGGGACGUCAUUUCACAUCUAUGGAUUCGGACGGGUUGGAGGUUGUGUUUCCCAUCAGCGACGUUCACCAGGAGGACGGCGGGAGCUACAGCUGCUCCUAUCACAGCAAAUCGGAGCCGUUCAACGUGUCGUACCCCAGCGACCCCGUGGAACUGGUGGUGAGAGAAGCCCCCCCGGAGCAUCCAGAUUUCACCCACGCCAACAUCACCCGCCUGGGGCUGGGCGCCGCGGUCCUGCUUGUCCUGGGGCUGAUCCUGGCUGAGGCCUAUUACAGCCGCCCGAGGGGGGCAUCCUAG